UUCCUUUCGCCAGAUCGUCACGUUGAUUCCCUCAUGUCGUACAGCCGCCCAACAAACUUUUACGAAGACAUGCAUGGUUCUGCUACGAUUCCCAGUCAACCGAUUAACCCGGGAUAUUCUCAAAUACACACUAUGGCGUUUGGUUUUUCUUCGUCUCUUCCGCACGGUCAGCUGAGAUCGGACAAUAUGGAGGUGGAACUCGAGAAUAAAGAGCUAUGGGACAAGUUUCACAAUAUAGGAACUGAGAUGAUUAUCACCAAAACGGGGCGGUAAGAGAAAGAGCACCAUGUAUUAUACGCGCGUUCAAAUUUCCGAUGUCAUGUCUAGUAAAAAUCUCUCCGGUAUGAAACAACAGAAAAAGGAUAGAUUCCUCGGCGCAAUUACUAAAGCAAACCGUUUUAGAGCCCAACUACAACUUAGAGUAAAUCCUUCGUUCUAUGUGCUCUAACGUUAAAGUUUGUGGACCGACAAAGUUUAAAGUGUGUAACAAAUCAAACGAAAGCUAUAAAACAGCACUUCCCGUAUUGAUGUUUCUUUCGCAAUUUUUCCCGAGCAGAACAUUCGGAAAACUAAUUUUUCUCCCCAGCAAUUUUAGAAGUUCAGGGAAAGCUAUGGUCUUUCCAAUUUCCCUCUUCAGUGCGCGCUCAGGACAAACAGAAUCAGUAAUGGGAGGUCGAGACAAACAAAUAAUUAUACUUGUAAACCUUGACAGCGCUGUCGUAGAAAACAUGUGUGAUAAGAGUUCAUGUUUCAACAGCCAUCAUUUAACUACACUCGAUUUAUGUACGUAGCUGUCAAGCUCUCCAAAAGCGCUCUAACAAAGUGUUCGUGUCCAAACUUCACCCAUAAAUCACGACGCCAUUUUGUAAUAUUCUGGGACCGAUUUCGAGGAUACUUCACAGUUUAUAAAAAUAUUUGUUUCGGUCGUUUGGUUUCUCGUAAAUGUGAAAAACUCCGGAAAAAGAAAAUUGCUAUCAUUCGACGCAAAUGAGUCGAUGAAAGAGUGAAUUAGAACAAGACCGUGAUCAUCCAUGAACUAACGCGAUCUUAAAAACGUUCCCUUUGAUCCCUCUCCCAGCUGAUUGAAAACCAGUUUAGACCCACCCACAGUAGUUUAGCACUAUUCCGUGAUUCUCGCCUGAAAAUACGCCCGUGAAAUUUGACGGGAAUAGAAAACAUCAACAAAAAUCCAACCUGUAAAUGUUAUGAAAACACCAAGAACAUCCAUUCCAACGUCACUUAACUUUUCUUGGGGUAUUUUCCCGUCACUAAAAACAUUUUAAUUUUCUAUUACGUAAACAGACGCAUGUUUCCCGUGAUCAGGGUCAAUAUAAGCGGCUUAAAUCCUAAGGAGGAGUAUGUGUUGGUUUUGGACAUUAUUCCAGCGGACGAUAACAGGUACAAGUUUCACAACUCAGAAUGGUCUGUGACCGGCAAAGCAGAGCCAUUAAUGCCCACAAGAAUCUUUGUUCAUCCAGACUCGCCGGGAACAGGUUCUCAAUGGAUGAGGCAGGUCGUUUCUUUUCAGAAGAUGAAACUGACGAACAAUCACAUGGACCAGAUGGGACACGUAAGUUAAAAGACAUCUCCAUCGUGAGAUAAGUUCCGUAUACAUGCCAUAUCUCCUUGUUUCAUAACAGUAACAUUGCAUUGUGUCCUUGAACGUUCGAACCAGAAGCCAGUCAGACCAAGGAAUGAUAUGGGGAAAGCCUAACCGAGAUCUAGAGGCUCUCCCCAAGAAUUUGAGCAAUUACCAUAUAUAAACACCUUAUUUCCAUGUUUCCUAACAUUGCAAAGUGUGUUCUUGAAUGUUUGAGCCUCAAGGUCGUCACACCGAGGAAUGAUUAUAAUGAGGAACGCCUAACAUAAUUCUAGAGACUCUCUCCAAAAGAUUUUGAGCAACCACAAAACGAAUUUUCACCUAAGGCGAAAUCAGUCUAUAGGUAUAACAGAACUAAGAAAGAAACUUUUAGUGUACCCUCCUAGUUAAUUCUUCUAAUUUACCUUUCUUUCCGUCUCGAAAAGCAACAACAAAGAGAGAAAAAAACCUAGAAGAAAAGGAUGACAUUAGGAAAUUUAGUUUGCCAUAGUUAUAUGUGGCUGGAAAGUACAAGGCAAGUUUUGGGUGACCUUAAGGAAAAAAUUUCAUGUUAACACAAAAAGAAGCUCUUAAGUCGAUAUAAUGGAAUACAGUCAGGUCAUGGAUAGAUGCCUCAUCAGCUCAGUGUUUUUACCUUUUCCUAUGGUUAACUUCGCUCUCUGAAAAGGUGGAUAUGGAAAGCUCAGUAUAAUUAAACGUUGUAAGGUUCAGCUGCCAUUUCUCAGUAUAAAAUUUGUACCUUAGAUUUCUACUUUUAUUGCUUUGGAGGCGGGGAAUAGCCAGGUCUCUGUCUUAUAAAGGGGCUAGGUUUGGAGAAGAGGUCUUAUUGAUUACAGGGACUUAGUCUCACCCAAAUUGAAGAAAGAAAGAACCUUAAUGUUAUAUUUUAAUUGUAAUAGGUAAAUUGGCAUAUGUUAUAAAUAAAUGUAAUUUCAAAAAUCCACCUGAAUGCUCAUAGAUAUUAAAAUUAAUGGUAACUUUUGAAGAUGAAUUUUUAUCAUUCGUUACAGCACUAUUUACAUCUCUAAUAUCGAGGGUAAUAAAUUGAAACUGUUUUCCUAGUUUUUCUACUUCCAAAGGUUUCAAGGGUUACCCUCUUCCUUAGAUCAAUAUCAAAAGCAAUUUCAAACUUGAAAUACUGAAAAAAUUAAAUGGCAUUGUGUGACAGUUCUUGGUGAAUUAAGGCUUCAAUUAAAAUGGUCACAUCAAAGGAUUUUGUAUACAAACUCAGAGCUAGAACGAUGCAUUACUCCGAGUUAAUGUAAUGCUGAAGAGGUCUCAUUUGUGAAUAGUCCGCAUAGUACAGGAUUUUGGCUUCAAACUCCGGAGUUAGCAUUACAUACCAAACGAAUAGUAUCAUGUGAAAGUACUGUUGAAGAGGUUUACUUGUUCGAAUGUUGAAGCCAUAGGAUUUCGCCCACAGACUCAAAAGUUGCAACUACACUUGAAGAAAUUUAUCAGGGUAGAAAUGGUCCAAAAAGUAAUACAAAGAUCAGUUCUUUUUAAAGUCGAAAUGAAAACUUAUUUUGUCCAUGCAAAAAGAAUCUAUGUAUUAGUUACCACUACAGUUGAAUUUAUGUCUCUAUUUGAACACCCGAGGUAAAGAGGGUUUACAAGACAAACUACUCUAAAAACAAAAUUCAUGGAGAAAUAAAAAUUUCAGUUUAACUUUUCCGCAAACAGUGAAAGGCAGGUUCAACUACAUAGUGAAAGUUGAAUCUAAAAGUCGGUUUCUUUGGAAUGAUCUCAAAACCGGAUUUCGUGCACAGCCUCGAAAGUAAGAACUGCACUUAGGAUACGUAUCCAUUGUGGUACUCAUCUAAGAUUCAGUGAACGACUUACCCGAUUGAGUACUGCUUGCGAAGCUUCGCUUAAGUAAAAUAUACUACACACAACUGAUUUCAAGACCAUACUCGAAAUCUCAAUUAAAAGGGCAAGUUUUAACUUGUCAUAAACUUUGUACCAGAAACUUUGUACUGGAUCAAUCAUAAGUACAUUGUCAUCGCAAAGCUUAAAAAGUCUUUAUUACGUACACAACUAAGCAUAAACUAUGCUACGCAACUUAAGAAAUUACUCUCGAAGCACUCUUUCAAGCUCCCUGAUUACCUUUUCUUCAAUAGAAGGGAAUUUUUGUAACAGUGUUAAAACAGCUAUGUUAAAUUUUUCGUGGUCAGAAAUGUCUCCAAUUUUAUGUGUCAUAGUAGUACUCAGUAAUCUAUAGCAAAUUGGAUGAGUUUGCAGGGAACGACGUAAUUAUUUUAACUGAGUUUUUGUCCUGUGCUGAAGGUCAUGCAAACUCGGAAGCCUAAUGGCGAAAAACAGAGUCGCAAAAAUUCAGGGCUUGUCUUUUGAAAGUAACUUAAUCGCAGAUAUCUAACGUCGGACAAUCUCAUCUUUUGUUCGAAUCGGAAAGACGACCAAUAAAGAGCUAGAUGUCGCAGUGAGUCUUUAACCUAAACAUUCAACUAAAAGAAAUGCAAAAUGCAAGAUUUCUGUACAGAGGAUUUCCUUUUAGUAGAAAAGUUGAAGAAAUACACUUUCUAAAUAUAUUGAAUAAAACGUAACAAAGCUCAAGGGAUAUAAAGAUAAGCAUAGGGAUUUGAUAAUCGUGAUACGUUACUAUUUAAUUCAUAGUCCAUUUCUUUUCUGGAAAUACGGAAGACUAUUCUUUGUUAUCUACAAAAUCAGGCAUUUGUUUGAACAACUCUAUUGAUGUGAAGGUUAUUGAAAUGCGUAGAAUGUGAACAAAAGACUUAAUUGCCUUUGUUGAUACACUAAAGGGCUUGGCAAAAUAGACUUCUUGUUCUAAACAACGAUUAGAAAGCUCUGUGAAUGAAGUGAAAGUUCAUUAGUGUUGUCUUCUUUGUGUGCAUUAAAUUGAAAGUUGUCGGAUCGACACGACAGUAGAGGAAGAACUUGAUGAGAACAUAAAGCGAAACGACUCUUUAAGUUUCGCGUUUCUUAUCUUCAAAAACGAUGUAAACAAGUCCACAAUAGCCACAGCCGCUAGGGGUAUUAACAAGUGAUUUGGGAGGCCGAUUUACUCCGCCUCUCCUAAGUGAUUGUGAAAGCUUUUUACCUCGAAACGAAAAUCAACACUUGCAAAGCACAAAAGCUUGGAGAAAGGGUAUAAAUUGUGGAGGGUGAGAGUGAUAAAACUAUUAGCGGGUUUAAAGCAUUUAAAACCAAUGGUAAACGCUGGAUAAUUGACAUAAAUAUGCGGCAUUUGACUGAACUUGGAAUCUUUCAUUUUCUAAUUAAUACACACGAUAAUUAGACAGUGGCCAGUGGAGGAGAAGAAACAAAUAGAAUGAGGGAAAAUUGUGCGUCCGUAAAAGGGAAGCUUAAAAAACAUUGACUUUGACCGAGAGAGGCAUACUUGUCUCGGUUUGUUCAAGCGUUGAAACAUUCUGAAAAAUAAGACAUUUUAUCCGGAACCAAGCUGCGAAUUUUGAUGAUGACUUCGAAAUAAACUAGAUUCUUAUGGUAAUCGAAUAUAUCUCGACCUAACUCGCCUGGUUAACCAGUUACUGAAUUGUAUGGUAUCGAGUAGAAUAAAUUUCGUUGACAAACUCCUUUCUGAUUUUGCUUUACAGGAUACAGCUCGCUCUAACUUAGUCUCUAAAUGAAACAUCAUUCAAAUAAAACGUUUGGCAGUGGUUAUGCUGCAAGGACUUAUGAAACUCUGUAGAGUAAAUUCCCUUGGUGUGACCAUUAAACUUCCUUUGCUACUCUUUUUUAUACACCGCACAUUUGUCGGUUUUUUGUGUGUAAGUAUUUUACCAAAUAAAAUUUUGGCUUUUUGUGAAUUUUAGUCGUAGCUCUAAUGACAGGGGAAAAAGGUUUGAAAGGAAUAAAAUGUUUAUGAUAUGGAAAACAAGGUCAAAACCUGCAAAGUUAAAAUCCUCGUUGUUAAAUGCAAACAUUUACUGAAUUAAAUGACAAAAAAAUUAAUUGUCGCGUAUAAAGUUCAUUUACCUAAUCGUAAAAUUAGAAAAAUAAAACCUAGCAAACGCUUUUUUAUGGAAUUAAUACUACAAACAAUUUUUUGCUUCUUUCUCACAUAAUUAUCACGUAGAAUACUUCAGCUGGUUAUCAUUGUAAUAUUUAUGAAUUAAGGCCCAUUUUAGUAUGCCACACGGUCGUCUUUUUUUUCCCAUUACUAAAAAUAAAAAUAAUAAAAAAAUGUAUCUGAAUUUUAACGUAAAUGCAAUAAAAGUAAGACCAUUUUAAAAGUUCCUCUCCGUCAGCUCCUAGCUCCAAAAACGGAACUUUUCUUUGUUACUUUUUAUAAUAUUGCUAAGCGAUACUCUUUGCUUGUUGGUUUGUUUUUUAAGUUACUGACUCUUUACUGAUUUAGUUCAGUGUACUUAAUAUGCUUUGAAGGGGGAAGCUCAACCAUAUGUUGUGUGGACAUUGAGUAAACCACUCACAUUAACUACUGAGCUUAUAGUUUUCUGGAGACGCUUUAUUUUUUACUGUUGCACUUGUCUAUGGAUGCCCGCUAAUCGUUAAAGGUGAAAAUUCAAAUAUAUAAAAAUAUACUCAGCAGCAUUCUCCUGUGUUACUGUUCAUUAUGAGGUACAAGGUUGAGAAAUACAAGGUUGUCCUAAAUUUCACUCUGCUUUUCUUGAAAGUGUGAUCAUUUAAUUAAAACUACUGAUUGGUCAUUGUUGUAUUUUUAUGACGAAAUGAUUAAUUUUUAUUAUUUCCCAAUGCUUUUUCACACCACAGGUUAUUUUGAAUUCAAUGCACAAGUACCAGCCGCGUGUUCAUAUCAUUCCAGCCAAGGACUACAGCCCCUAUGGACUGAGGAAGGGCUCCUAUUAUACCUUUGUCUUUACUGAAACACAAUUCAUGGGAGUGACUGCCUAUCAAAACCCAAGGGUGAGACUGACUUGUUAAUGACUAGCAGCUGAUUUUAUUUCACACACUGGCCUCCUUUGUAUUACUGUGUAGCUAACGGGUCUAGUGCUUUUCAAAGAAGCCAAGUCAAACUCUUUCACUGCUAAACUCGUGUCUAUAUGGAUUCUAACGUUUGAGCUUAUUGGCGAAAGCCUAUAGGGUGUAUCAUUCAAAUGAAUUAACCUCCUGGGCAUUACUUUUGUAAGGUGCUAUUUGGUUUUCAGAAUAUGUGCAAAAUAAACUGAUCUGGGGAUUUUUAAGACGAAUCUUGAUUUUAGGCUGUCUUAGGAGUGAAAGGACUAUAAGACAUUGGCAUUAUUGAAAAACUGACUCAAACAACCAACGGGUCAGAUAUCUUCAACUCCAUCGGUGUUGUGAAUCAAGUUGUUACGGUAGUAAGAAUCGAACGGACAAAAUCCUAUAGUUUGGCCCAUUUUUCAGUCCUUUUAACUAAUUUAUAUUAAAGAAAUUGUUUUAAAAAAAUAUAAUCGACCCAUCUCCCAUUGGGAAUUCAACUGAUGUCUUUCUACCUCUUUUACUGACUUGAUGACAGUUGCACUAUUGAUCUACGGGUGACUUGACAGACUAAGUUCUGAGCGCAUUUGUGAGUAAAAGAAUGCUUUUGUUGAUACUAACACUAGCUGGAUCGAACGAAUUAGGUUAACCUUCAUCAUAGUAAGAAAAUCUAGUAAAGCUUUUCGGACAAAGCAAAAGUAGAACCUAAGCUUGGACACAUUUUGCUGGGCUAGCACUAGAACGCUAGUAUUUAGGUAGCAUUAUUUAGGAAGUUCAUUAGUCUUCAUCUUAAUUUAGCCUACUUGGAAGGAAGUAACAUUUAUUAAUACCCGAAUUUGCUCCUGCUGGGACAAUUUUAUGACUAAACUGACCAACGCCUAAAAUUAGCACGCUCAUAAAACGAUAUUGAUCUCAUACUAAGGUAUUAAAACGAAAGUCUCAGUUGCAAGACAGAAACGGCCACAUUUCACUGUUAUUUUAAUCAUAAUAGGCAAGACGUUUAUUCUUAGAUGCCGUGGGGUUAAUCAAACGUAAAAUUUCGUGAGUCUGGUUUGGAAAGCAUUUUGUGGCAGGUGAACAUCUUUCCAUGGCUUAAGUGGUGCAAACUAUAUUGUAGGAAGAAAAUACUUUUUCUUUGUUUUCACCUUAGUAAAAGGAAAUCUCGUACUCAAAAGUUCGUAAAUCUGGGGUUAAUCUCGUACUCAGCAAAUCGUAAGCCUGGAGCUUAUGAGAUAGCUUCCUAUAACCUCAAAAUUAACUACAUGUGACACCAAUUUGUCUGAGUUUUUGCGUAAUACGGUAGCGUCUAUAUACAAGUGUAUACGACAAAACAAAAAGAUACUCCAAAAAAAAAUUGUAAAGAGGUACUUGCAAAGAUUUUAAAAUAAAUUUGAUUAAGGAAGAUAAAGCGCGAUAAAGGCUGGCCGAUACUUAUCAAAUGCUAACGCCUUCGAGAACCAUUUUCCUGUUCCCACGGUUAAGAUAUUAUUUUCAAGGGGGAUUUAACUCUUUCAGUUCAUAAAAAGAUCUUCAGAGGUCCGACCCUCCAAAAUGGAAGAGUCUGAGAGUAUUUUCCUGCGGUGCUGUUUAUGGUGCUUUAAACGGUCGUUCUUAACUUUGAGAACAUUAAGGAAAUAAGUAAGAACAUUACCUUCUAGCGGGAAAAGACUUAAAAGAGAAUUCGCGAACUUUAAGGCUUGUUUUUGUGGUCGACUAUUAUCAUGUCAAUAUUUUACACUAAAAAAAACAUAGUUAGUAACAGCUUUUACUACACUGAAAUCACAAAAACAAUUUCAUUUCAUCCUUUUCGUUUUGGCAACCGUUAUUCAAGAAAAUCAAGUUCAUUCCAAGGGUUUAUUUUGACGAAACAAUGACAAAAAUAAUUUAUAUCAGUGUUUCGAAAUUUUUUUGCAAACAGACUUGAAUUACGUAUAUCGCUUUCAAAACUGCUGCGGUACAAAGCGUGCACCACUCGAGACUAAACUUUAAGGGCUCGAAAAUGCGAUUAUGAAAGUGUGACCAUUCAUAUCAAACUUUAUGCCACGAGUACUUUCCCAUUGUGCUGGAAUAUUUGAUACUUAAAAUUUAUUCCUAUUUUCAGGGUCCAACUCAAAUCAUUCCAAAGUGAUUUUUAUAAUUGCUGACACAUUAAAGGUCCAAGUGCCAAGAGCCAAAUGCGCGCAUUUCUGUUACAUUAAGUAUGUAUUUUUAUCAAGUAUUUAGAGUCCUAAAAUAUUUAAUUACUGCGCAUGCCAGAAAGCGUAUACUUCUGGUUUCGGCGGUUUACACGCAAUCGAUAUCUUACAGACUCAGAUAUCGGUCCUGGUAAACCACUUAUUUCAUCGCAUUAAUUGGUAUCCGUACAUGUUUGUUGUUCCUGAGAGCUUCCUGUAUUUACAAUUUCAUUCACGUAGGCUGCCUUACCGCCUUUCCUGCUAAAGAACUCGACUAGUUUAGCUUGCAAAACGCGUUGCCAAAUAUUACUUAGAAUCGACCAUGUCGCCUGCGGCCGCACUUGACGACUUAACAGGUUUAGUUCCAAUUAAUUAAUGAAACGUAACUUUCCAAUUUAUUAAUUAAACUUAACUGGUUUAGAAAAUACUAAUGCGGCCGCGUAUUUGGGGUGUUAACCGAGUCUUGACCGGGGUUAUCAGUAGUCUGAAAUAAAAUCCACCAACAAUAGAUUUUAUUGGCGGAAUAAUUGGCGGUAAUUUGAGGUCUUCCUACUUGACCGACGAUGGCAAUGGAUUAAUGUGAAUUUUCUUUUUGGGCAUAAACAGGACAAGAAUUUGAGAGCGCUUUCGAAGAUAAUAAAAUUCUAAGAGCUGCGGCUUGCCUGUUUGUUGACCAUAGCUUUGGCAAAGCGUGAAUAGUUUUGACGCAAAAUAAACAUGUUCUCGAAUGUUUUGAAUAACUGCUACUACUCUUUUUUAAAACGCAUGAGAGAGAAUAGGACAGCCUAACCCUCAGGAAAAGGGAAUUGCAUUUUAUAAAUGAAAUGAAGAGAAGAAGAAACGAAUAAAAAUGUUUUUCAAAUCCGGCAUUCAAUUUGGUGCUCCACUGUCAAUUUCCGUUUAUUUUUCAUAGUUUCACAUUCCACUUUACAAUGAGUUUCUCUAAAAGAGCGUCUGCAGUAGAUGUUUUCCUUAAAUGUUUGAAACAAAAUGGUCAUCAGUACUUGGAGGGAUUUUCUAGAGAGAGAAAGUUAAAAGACACAAAGUAAAUUCUUACGCAAUCACGAAAAGUGAAUGGCGGCAAAUAUCUGACAGUCAUGGAUUCCGUAACUUUCACGUCUUUUUAGCAACCAAGCAAUCACUUGCUUUACAAAAAAGCCAGGCAUUUUUUACGACAUUUCUUUCCAUUUAAGUGACCAGCGUUUCGUUUUCAUUUAUAAGCUGUAAUGUAAAACUGAAGAUUACAGAGGGGAUAUUCUCCACUGCAAAACGGAAAACCACAUCUUAGCAAUUUGGACUUCGGAGCGUUUCAGUCUAGGAAGUUGCCGAUGGACACCGUUGGUUGAGUUGUCAAAACAAGGCUAUUUCUGGUUGUUAAUGUCAAUAUUUCACCAUUACCUUUAUACUUCAAUACAGAAUAGAUUCCAUACCAUUGGUUUAGGAAUUUGGUUUUCGGGAGAGUGUAUUUGUCGUGUUUUUAGCUAGUCGGCAUCUAUCAGAGUGUCCGGCUCCUGCUGGAUCAGAAAAUGCAUGACUACUAACUUCUAAGGAAAUGUCCCCGCAGUAUAAUUUAGGGUUUCCGCCACUAAUUUGUCCCCUGUUAAUGGAUACCUAGCUGAGCACGUACUAAGUUCACUUAAGAUCCGAUAGAAAUUUUAAACAUUCGUUGCCUUUUCACAGUGUUUUACACAAAAUACCAGAGGAAAGUAAAACUCGGUGGUUUUCCUUUGAUUAUUGUGCAUCACUAAAAAUAAACGAAAUAUUAAGUAGUUUCUAUGAAAACUGUAAUAUUUAUACAUCCAAACCUUAGCCUGCGUCGCAUUAAUAUGGGCGCAAGUGAGAAAGAGGCGCUUGAAGGAGACGCACUACACACCCCACCUACCCUAUUAGCAAUAAGGGUACUGCUCGUGCUCUCCUUCCAAUAUAAAUCCCAGAGACAACAAUUUUAACCUAUUUGUUACGACUUAAAGAAAUGAAAAUUUGAAAAUAACAGGAAACAUUAGAUUAUUGACAUCUUUAUUAGUCAUACAAACUACUUUCUGCAUUACUUGAAUGUCAAUGUGGUAAAUGGAAAAGGAAUGUUAAUGAGCGCUUUUAUCCGGCUGGCGUUUCACAAACUUAACAUAACAGGGUAGAAUACCUGACUUAGAAGUAAAACGCCGAAGAGAAGGCCUGAAAGAUAUUUAUCAAACCUUAACCUUUGAUUAACUAACACAAGAGAAAAAGUUAGUAUACCUGGUCCCAGUUGUUCAAAAGGUGGAUAGCGCUAUCCACUGGACAAAUAUGUUAUCCACUGUAUAAAGAAAUUUUUUGGCCUAAUAGGAUAGCGCCAUCCAACGUUUGGACAACCGGGGCCUGAUCGUUAAAAUAAUACAAUAAGCACCCCCCCCCCCCCCCCCCCCCCCACCACAUCUUCCUCGGGGUUCUAGCCCUUUUGGGUUUUUUCCAAACCUGACUGUUUCCCCCCACUCUUAAAUUAAGAAGCCCUCUAAGCAGUUUUAUGAUUUUCGAUCCCCCCCAGACAAAAACUCCAGAAAGCACCAAAAAGGGUUGACCCCCCGUUUUUCUCCCAGAGGGAAUAAUGGGGUCUUUUAAAGGAGUUGGGGGGUAUCUCCUCCGAUCUUAGGAUAGCGCCAACCAACGUUUGGACAACCGGGGCCUGAUCGUUAAAAUAAUACAAUAAGCCCCCCCCCCCCUCCCCCCACGCCCACCACAUCUUCCUCGAGAUUCUAGCCCUUUUGAGUUUUUUCCAAGCUUGACUGUUUCACCCGACUCUUAAAUUAGGAAGCCAUCUAAGCAGUUUUAUGAUAUGCGAUCACCUGCAGACAUAACCUGCAGAAUGCACCAAAAGGGGUUGACCCCCAGUUUUACUCCCAGAGUAAAUAAUGGAGUCUUGUAAGGUAGUUGGGGCUUAUGAUUCUUUGGACAAAAUCCUGUGGUGUGACCAUUCAAAUAAAAGCUCCUUGCGAUUAGUUUCAUAUGGUACUUUUUUGUGGCAUUUUUCAAAAUGAAAUUUGUACCUCUUUUCUAAGUUUGACUUAAGCCACUUCUUGGAGUGAAAAGUUUAAUGAGAUUGAAUGGGAGAGUUUCAUGGCAAAGGUAACAAGAGUAGGUUAUAGAGAGUUGGCAAUGAAGGUUAUUGAACUUGUAUAAGCAGAUAUGACCGAGGUCGUAGACCAGAUCAGAGAGUAUCACGUAACCUUCUCUAAAUUCUCGCGAGGAUUACAGCACUCUAUAGAAUAUCUAAUAGACCCUCCAAACACUAAAGACUAGUGUGAUUAUUCUAUUUCUCAGCAAACGUAUACGAAGCCUUAUUCUCAGGGUCCCGCCCCACAAAACAUUUAUAUUCAUGCCUCAUUUUUCAAGGUUCCUUUGUACUGUCAACUAAUACAAUUGCGUCAAGUUUUGAUGAUUUCUUUCCAUGAAUAUACAGGGAUUAGUCGCAACUUUUGUUUGAUACUAUAUGUGGUCUUUGCGACUGGAAAACCCACCAUCCUCUUAAAAUUUUGUAUCCAAUUUUAAGCAAUUAUCUUUAUAACUUGAAUCCACUUUGUACUCCCUAAGUGGUAUUGCAUUACCCCUUAACGUUUUUUUAAGUUAAUGAGAUGCCCAGAUCACGUAUACUACUACUUAUUUCUCAGGUUAUAAAGCACAUGACACUUAUACUUUGGACUGACUGCCAUAACUUGCCGAGUCUUGCGUGGUCUAUAUGUUUUCGGUAUUACUGAAUAAACAGCGAUAUUCAUGGCCCAAAGGAGGCCAGUUUGUUUUAUAUUUUAACAAAUUAAUUUAACCCCCCUGGGUUCUAAAUGAGUGGUUAACGCCCAAAAUGCGACAAAUAAGAGACAAACCACCUUAUUAACUCAAAACUGAAUAUUCACAGCUGAGGGGAAAGACACUAAUUCCCAAUACAUGGCCAACAAUUCAGCAACUGCACUAAGGGAUAUAACUUAAACGUACAAAGAACUUAACGAGUGUUUGAAAUAGAGAGCUGCUGGUAUAGUUGUAAAACGCGACCAACCUAUGUAUUAAACAUUUUGGUUUAGGUCGCUCGUCAAACGCGUUGAUCAAACCUCGCUAUAUUAAUACCGACUGCGAGGUUAGUUUCAUUCGUACGGUAAGAUUUUAAGAGCCGUAGAAGGCACAUGAGUUCUUGCCCACACCAUGCUUAUAAAACUAGCUAUGGUAGAUAGAAAUGGGCAUAGGGAACAACGAUCAGAUACGUUUGCGUUAGCUUGGUAACUAUAAAAUCUCGCGACCCUCGACCAGUACAUGGUCAUUGUUAUGACUGACAUAUAUACUGUACACAGGAAUCAAGAAAAUAUCUCCCAUGGCCAAAUGUCGUGCGAUUUUUAAACAAAUUAUAAUUAUCCUCUUUUGAGUAUCUUAAGAAUGAUAGACUGAGAAGUGUACAGAGAAGAGGGGAUUUUAAAAGGUUGGCCCUUACUCGUGACAUCUGAAGUUAUGUUAUUUCUCCAUUAGAUAACCCAAUUAAAGAUUGAGAACAACCCCUUUGCAAAGGGAUUUCGUGGAAGCUGCAACAACACAAUGCACCAUAUUUCACUUAAAAGGUAUGUGCGCCCAUGGCGGUGAUAUUACGUAAUAAUGAUUUAAUUUUAGUUGCCGUUUAAUGGUUUAACAUAUACAUUAACAAAUAGGAAAAUUUAAAUUUAAAAGCAUUACGUACAAAUACUGACAACAGCCUCCGGCUCCGUAACAAUAUCAUAAAAAAGUGCUGUAUAAUAUUAAAUUGAAAUGAUUUAUACAGUACAAAAAAAUCACAACAAAGUUGUACACCCGGGAGAUUGUACUCACUGGAUCUCGCUUACGUGAUCCUCAACACUAAAGCAAUUGAUGUAGAGAAUAAAUGGGUCCCAGAGCUAUCUCAAACAAAUGAUAAAUUGGCCAUGAUAGUGGCUUCAGUGUAGUUUCUUUGGGAUAAUAUGGGAGUAGAUUACCCGCUCAACUCAGCGGGAAUCGCCGGAAAGAAUAAAAUGAAGGUAAGCACCGUAAGCUGGUCCUAAAGUAGACAUUAGACGUGCCCUAUUCAGGAAAACAUUUACUUCCAUUAAGGUGGAUCAAACCCUACCGCGGACAGUCUGUGGUUUUCGCUAAGACUACCCGUUUGGGCGCGCGCGAUGACUGUCGUUAUUAGCCCGAUUAACAUCCACCCUCUUUCAAAGCUGAUUUUCAGAGGGGGGACUGAUAUCAGCUAUGUGGCUGUUAGGAUGUGUCCAUGUACCCCCCCUCACCACAACUCAGUUUGAUCUUUCUUGGAGAGCAGAGAGUGUAGGUGUCAUCUAGCCCUUUACAACGAUUCAAAUGGCGAUCAAGGUAACGUUGGCAAAGAAAUCAAAGAUUUUUCAAAUGCUUUCCUGUGAAAGUAUGGUAAAGAACUUCAUCUUUCAUACUACAUACAUACAUCGUUUACUACCACUUCUCCAUGGGGGAUUUUCAGAGGCAAAAAUUAAAACUGAAGUAUAUAUUUACAAUAAGAACUAAUUAAUUAGAAUAAAAUUUCAUUAAAUACUAUAUAAUAAGAGUAAAUUCAGCACAAAAUACAAUAAAACGAUAAAACGAGUCUAAAAAAUAUUGCAAAUAGCACAAGUCAAUUCUAAUCAAAUAUAGAGACAAAAUUACGUAAGAGGCUUAACUUAAGGCAACGUUUAAAAUGGCUCACUGAUUUGCAAAUCUUGAGAUCGUUUGAUCAAGAAUUUCAUAAGGCGACUGUUCUGUUGUGGCUGAGUAACUAUCAACUGGAUCCAAAGGAGAUCAAUACAUAUAUAUUUUCCUUUGAAUUUUCAGAGACCGGAACUUUACGAACCACACGUGUUAGUAAGCGUGACAAAAUUACCGCAGUGAAUUACAAAGGAGAGCACAUUAUGAAACUAAAGCCAAACCACAUUUGGUUUGCCGCCAGGUCUUAAUGGGGUUAACCUGAAUGUGCCAUGAGUGCUAAAAGCCCUGAAAGAAUCACAAAGGAUGUUUACUCAUAAGAACAUGAAAAGGAACCUUCUUUUCAGUAAGAGGCUUACGUAUGAGUAUUUUCUACACGCAAUUAUAUCGAGACACGGGCAGACAUCUUAACCACUAAGCGUAUUAAAAUAAUCAUAAUCAUAAUAAUGAGAAUAAAAAGAAAUUAAGUGACACUGUAUACUUUUUAACUAAAAACGGGAUUUUCCAGCCUUCCACUCUAUUGAAUGCACGAAAUCAAAACUAAAAAGUAUCACCUGUGUUUUGGCCGAUUUUCAAAGUGCUACAAGAUGGCCAUGGCCUACGUUCGAUUCGAAUUGCCACUCCGUAAGUUCAUCCAUGACAUUGAAAUAAAAGUAUUGCUCACUAAUUUUCUUCUUGAAAGUCCCAACUGCGGAUUUAUUUACAAGAAGUCAGCUCAGAAAAGCAAGGACUUUACCGUAUAUGUCUUCUCGCUUUUUUUUCUUAGCGUGACAUAAGUGAAUAAGGCAUUCACUGGCAACGCUGUGUGAGAUGCAUUUUACUUGUUAAGUGGGCAAUAAGUGGAGUUUUGAGGAAAGAUUAAUUUUGUUCUUAUUGUACCGUUCCAGAAAAUCGCCAGAUGACUGCAACGACACAGACGCCCUGUCUCUCUCCCCCGCGGGAUCUACAUCAAGUGGCGAGUCUUGCAAACGUACUUAUCAGGAUUCUCCACCUAAAUUCCCGGAUAUAAACGACCCCUCUCCUCCCCCAAUGAUGGGACAUUCUGGUAAGCUCUCUAUGAAGUACUUACAGACGAGAUGAAAACUGGGACGAGGUGACUUUCGCAUUGAAUUCUGGGACUAUUACUAGGGACAGCUAAAAAAUAUGAAGACCUUAGAUAACAAUGACCUCAACCAGGCUGGGCAUCUUAGAGGUUUUAGUAAAAACAAGGGUUUAGGUAUAGGUGGGGUACUCAAUCUCACGGGCUCAUAAAACCUGGUCUCGGUCAUUCUUAUUUGAGGAUUUUCGAAAAAUCAUUGGCCAAUAGCUGACCGGCGCAUCCUCAGUAACUAUCCCAGAAAUAAUUGCAGGACACAUUUCGGCUCCAGUUCCCUUCUCGUUUCUAAAUCCAUAUACCGCAUACCAAGGUAGCUACGCUUCCCACACCACCAUCCUCGUCAAGUUUACUUGAAAAGCCCUUGAUAAUAUCUUGAUAAUAUCCAUAUCUCCUUUUAUUUUCUUGAUAGGAAGUGCGUUUGGCCAUGUCGUAUUUCCUCGACGUCCAUCGGACGCGUUCGACUCGUCUUGCAGUUUUGCCUCCUUUCAAAGCAGCUGCCGACAACAGACGUUCUGCACUGACAGACCUACGGUCACAACACCACUGAAUACGUCAUCCAGUAUGAAUCUGUCCACGCAUCCUUACAUACAUAACCUGCAAAUGAACUCUCUUACACCGUUGUCUUCAACAGGUGCUCUCUCUCAUCCUUGUCACGCACCCCGUCCUCUUCCACAUCCAGGAUACUUAGGUCAUCCCAACGAGCAUACAAUUCAUCAUACGCCGAGUCAUCUUACCGCGCAUGUGCACUCUACUUUAAACGGAUAUCCUGAUAGUUUAAGACAAGAUUGCAGGCCUGAUUAUGGACUGGGGAGAAGUGACUUCAGCAAGCCGUUGACCAUAUCUACUACGUUCCAUACAGGAUUCCCAGGAAACCCACCACCAUAUCCAUAUCAUUAA